GAUGUGGCACGACCAGUGGGCUAAUAUUGAUGUCAACUCUUCCUCCGCGCGAAGGGCCUCGACAUCAAUGAUACAUAGUCCCUCAUCAGUUGAACACUCUUUUGAAGACCCUGUGCAAUACCAGCGAUUCCUGGACGCUCUCCUCUACAAAGAGAAAGAUAUCACCCGACCGAGCGGAUCCCAGUUGGAAAAAUACAGGCGUGUGCAUGAUGCAAUUAGAAUAGCGAAACAUGAUCUUCGCCUUGUACUGCCCUCCCUGCUUCAUUCAAACAAGGGGUACUUUGAAUCAAUCCCUAUGCAACCUCGUGGAAACUGGCUAGGGGCGUCUCAGUACCUUGCUGUUUCUUCAAUUUCUCGGCACCCUCCAGCGGUUCCGCCACUAAUCAUCUCAAGCCCACCUGGGACGGGGGAAACUACCGUGCUCAUAACUGCUGUAUUAGAGCUACUGCAAUUGGCUCAACUACGCAUUCUCAUCUGCACGCACGAUCAACUCUAUGCUGAUGAUCUCUGUGGCCUGUUUUUCCAGGCCGGGUGCAACGUGCUGAACUACGAUGAGGAUCCCCGAUGCUCAGCUAUGGAUCGCUGGCAGAUCCAACCAUAUCCCCUCGUUGUCACAACGUGCCUUACUUCGUUCUUACUUCACGGAGUAGGAUUGCCUGAUGGACACUUCACCCAUGUUUUCCUUCCAACGGCUCAAGAAAUUGGCGAGCCAGAAGCUAUGAUACCCCUAAAAUGUCUCACAGGGGCUGAUACUCGUGUUGUUUUACUUGGAGACCCUUUUUACGGGCGAUCCAAGUCAAGCAUCGGCAAGAACGUUGGGAUCGAUCAGUCCUACUUUCAGAGGCUUUUGAGCCUAUCUCUAUAUUCUCAGGAACCCGCAUCCUCUCUCUACUUUGUGCAUCUGACAGAAAAUUAUACCCUCAAUCCAAAGAUACUCAAUAUUGUGAACAUGGUCCUCUAUUCCGGCCGUUUGGCCGCAUGCGGCAACCCGCAAACACUCUGUCAGUUUGACAAUUGGAGUGGCCUCAACUCGCGAGGUUUCCCUAUUGUUGCACAUCACACGACUGGCGUAUGCGAAAGCGUGUAUGAGGCUGAUUUUUCCGUCUCAUUCAUCAAUCAAGAUGAGGCGACACGUUCGGUUCAACAAGUGAUGUCAUUGCUGGAUGAAGGCUUCGAUCCCACAACUAUUGGGAUUAUCUCGACCUGCUCGGCUCAGUGCCAGGUUAUCAAAAAACUCAUGGAGUCUCAAAUAAGCGCUGGCCGUCGGACUCUAAGUACGGUUAAGAUUGGCACAUGGGAGACGUACGGCCAUGAGUUACGGGACGUGAUCAUUGUGUCCACCGUCGUCCGGGAGUAUAUACCAGAUUUAACCAAAAAAUUUAACGACUUGUGUGCGUUCAAUGUGAUCAUGACGCGUGCCCGAUCACUUCUCAUCGUUUUUGGAGAUCGUGAUGCUUUGCGGUGGUUAGCGGGGUGGCGGGAGUUUCUUUCAUAUAUCGGGUUGGUCAAGUCUUUGUAACAACGUACUAUGUGGUAUCUCGUGGGUUUCAAGGGCACUGCUUCUGCAUCGUUGUCAGUGCGGAUAGAUCGCCACUUGUCCUGAAGGGCUGUUAUUGAAACAUUCUCACCGACGGGUUAAAACGGGGAAUUUCCUUCAAUUAUCAAUUUAUCAUGAAUGAGGAUCAUGAUUUGUAAAGGAGUGCACCUCGUACCGAGUACACACCACUCGGUCAGGUGGAUACAUAAGACAGUAGGCAAUGUAAUAGGGAAGCAGCAUUAAUAUUGUUAUGCAGAUGG